AUGGGCUCCAACAAUUCGAAAUUGGCCCCUACCAAUAAGAAAAUAGACGAAAAGCCCGCUUGUGCAACAACGGCGACUAUGAAAUUGAGGCAGAUAGCAUCGGGAAGCGGCAACUUGGACACCCACCAUGAGCAUGAGGCCCCACCUCCGUACAAUGCGGACGACCGGGCGAGAAGUCUCGCGAUCCCACAGCUGAAAGAUUGGGAAGAGCUUCUCCUGAGUUCCGACAAGAACCGUCUGGCCAUUCUUAGUUUCGCCACCAAUCCCUAUUCGCAGAUUCUUACCAAUCGGUCUGCUGUGCAGGCUGUAGAUAGGCCGGUUUUCAAUGUCAAGAUCCCGUUGGAAGGCGCCCCGAUCACGAAUCAGCGCUCGUCAGGCCGCUGCUGGCUGUUUGCGGCGACAAAUGUCUUCCGGGUGCCACUCAUGAAGAAGCAUAACCUGAAGGACUUUGAGCUCAGUCAGGCAUACCUCUUCUACUGGGAUAAAAUCGAGAAGGCCAAUUGGUUCAUGGAGAAGAUUAUAGAGACAGCGGAUGAGGAUCUGUCCAGUCGCUUGGUGCAGAAGCUGCUUGAGGACCCCGUCACGGACGGGGGCCAAUGGGAUAUGGUGGCGAACCUGGUUGGCAAGUAUGGCUUGGUGCCUCACGACAUCUACCCGGAUAACUUUAGUGCCCAGAACAGUGCGAAGAUGAACUGGCUCGUAACAGUGAAGCUACGCGAGCAUGCGUUGACACUGCGGCGGUUGGCGCAAAGUCAGCCCGAGAGACUGGCGAGACAGAAGGAUGAAUUUCUGAAAGAGAUCCACACCCUGGUGACUAUCAUGUUGGGCCCGCCACCGAGUCCAAGUGAGGCCUUCCACUGGGAGUACUAUGAUGCCGAUGGCAAAUUUCAGGAAGUACACGAUAGCCCGCAGGGAUUUGCGAGACAGGCCUCUACGCAACUGGCCCGAGGAGAUGUUGAUCCCCGGAAGAUGUUGAGCUUGGUCAAUGACCCGCGAAAUGAGUACGACCGAUUAUUGACAGUCGAUAAACUGGGUAAUGUAGUGGGAGGACGUCCGAUCACAUACGUCAAUGUGGACAUGAAGACGAUCAAAACCGCUGCCAUUGCAAUGCUUCGUGCAGGGCACCCUGUUUUCUUUGGCUGCGAUGUUGGAAAAUUCUACGACGCCAAUCUUGGCGUGAUGGAUCCGUGGCUGCUGGACCUCAGAUUGGGAUUCAAUACCACGCUGCGCAUGGAUAAGGCACAAAGACUGAGUACCGGCGAGUCAUCCAUGACCCAUGCGAUGGUGCUGACAGGCGUUCAUGUCGAGAAGGGCCAGCCAGUGCGAUGGCGGGUGCAGAACUCCUGGGGUGAGGCCGUGGGAGACAAGGGUUGGUUUGUCAUGGCAGAUGAGUGGAUGGACGAGUUUACCUAUCAGGUAGUGGUUGACUCCCGAUUCCUUUCAAAAGAGGUGCGAGAUAUUCUAAAUCAGGAACCAGAGGUCUUGCCACGAUGGGACCCGAUGGGAGUCCUUGCGUGACGAGUGGCCAAUACUAGAAAUAUACGAUAGUUGCAGAUCUACAAUGUUCUCCGUCAUAGAGCAUAUCUGAAGGACAAAGGAGGUCCAGGAGACUUUACCGCAUAUUCACCGAAGCAAGUAGUACUCUGCCUCGCAGUAGAGAAGCCACAUAAUGCGGUAACCUGAAACUCAACAAGGCCGUCAGUAUUGCUCCGAGAAGACAUGAAACAAGUCUCUAAUCCUGAAUUUGCGCGUUCUGAGGCAUCGCCAGUGGUGCCACAAGUUGUCAAACUUGUCAAACCAUGUGACUCACACCCUCAUUCUGCUGCACCCCAUAGGCAAGGUACACACUCGCCCAAGGGAACGUCUGAGUGUCAGUCUACCCGGACGUCCCUAUGCACGUCUAAGGUAGGUUGGAUCCUAUGGUGAUCUGAUCACCGUCUGUGCCUGAUGACC